UAUGCAGCGUGUGAACAUGAUCAUGGCAGAAUCACCAGGCCUCAUCACCAUCUGCCUUUUAGGAUAUCUACUCAGUGCUGAAUGUACAGUUUUUCUUGAUCAUGAAAAUGCCAACAAAAUUCUGAAUCGGCCAAAGAGGUAUAAUUCAGGUAAAUUGGAAGAGUUUGUUCAAGGGAACCUUGAGAGAGAAUGUAUAGAAGAAAAGUGUAAUUUUGAAGAAGCACGAGAAGUUUUUGAAAACACUGAAAAAACAACUGAAUUUUGGAAGCAGUAUGUUGAUGGAGAUCAAUGUGAGUCCAAUCCAUGUUUAAAUGGUGGCAGUUGCAAGGAUGACAUUAAUUCCUAUGAAUGUUGGUGUCCAUUUGGAUUUGAAGGAAAGAACUGUGAAUUAGAUGUAACAUGUAACAUUAAGAAUGGCAGAUGCAAGCAGUUUUGUAAAAAUACUGCUGAUAACAAGGUGGUUUGCUCCUGUACCGAGGGAUAUCGACUUGCAGAGAACCAGAAGUCCUGUGAACCAGCAGUGCCAUUUCCAUGUGGAAGAGUUUCUGUUUCACAAACUUCUACGCUCACCCGUGCUGAGACUGUUUUUCCUGAUGUGGAAUAUGUAAAUUCUACUGAAGCUGAAACCAUUUUGGAUAACAUCACUCAAAGCACCCAAUCAUUUAAUGACUUCACUCGGGUUGUUGGUGGAGAAGAUGCCAAACCAGGUCAAUUCCCUUGGCAGGUCGUUUUGAAUGGUAAAGUUGAUGCAUUCUGUGGAGGCUCUAUCGUUAAUGAAAAAUGGGUUGUAACUGCUGCCCACUGUGUUGAAACUGAUGCUAAAAUUACAGUUGUCGCAGGUGAACAUAACAUUGAGGAGACAGAACAUACAGAGCAAAAGCGAAAUGUGAUUCGAAUUAUUCCUCAUCACAACUACAAUGCAACUAUUAAUAAGUACAACCAUGACAUUGCCCUUCUGGAACUGGAUGAACCCUUAGUGCUAAACAGCUAUGUUACACCUAUUUGCAUUGCUGACAAGGAAUACACGAACAUCUUCCUCAAAUUUGGAUCUGGCUAUGUGAGUGGCUGGGGAAGAGUCUUCAACAAAGGAAGAUCAGCUUCAGUUCUUCAGUACCUUAGAGUUCCACUUGUUGACCGAGCCACAUGUCUUCGAUCUACAAAGUUCACCAUCUAUAACAACAUGUUCUGUGCUGGCUUCCAUGAAGGAGGUAGAGAUUCAUGUCAAGGAGAUAGUGGGGGACCCCAUGUUACUGAAGUGGAAGGGACCAGUUUCUUAACUGGAAUUAUUAGCUGGGGUGAAGAGUGUGCAAUGAAAGGCAAAUAUGGAAUAUAUACCAAGGUAUCCCGGUAUGUCAACUGGAUUAAGGAAAAAACAAAGCUCACUUAAUGAAAGAUGGAUUUCCAAGGUUAAUUGAUUGGCACUGAAAAUUAACAGGGCCUCUCACUAAUCACUUUCCCAUCUCAUUAUAUUUGAAUAUAUACAUUCUAUGAUUAUUGCUUUUUCUCUUUACAGGGAAAAUUUCAUGUUUUACCUGAGCAAAUUGAUUAGAAAAUGGAAUCACUAGAGGAAUAUAAUGUGCUAGGAAAUUAUAGCCAUUUCUAAGGGCCCAGCCCUUGACAAAAUUGUGAAGUGAAAUGCUCCACUCUGUCCCUCAGAUACUAUGGUUCUCCACUAUGGCAACUAACUCAUCUGAUUUUCCCUCCUUAGCAGCAUUCCAUCUUCCCGAUCUUCUUUGCUUCUCCAACCAGAACAUCAAUGUUUAUUAGUU